AGCAUCUCAAUUCCUGUGGCUGAUGCGCGCCAUGCCAGAGAAGUGCGAACGGUUCUGUGAAACCAAUGCAUUGAGCAACUGAAGCGGCACGUGGUGCUGACCAUGGAGGAGCCAAAAUACAAGAGACCCACCAAGUCAGAGCAGACUUCCUGCACAUGGUGUCGCAUUGGCCUACUGGUCUUCGUGCUUGUGUUGGCCAUCACUGGGCCAGUCUGGGCCUUUACCAUUGCCUCCUGCACCUCCACCCGGCCCUGUCGCAUUGGCCAAAUGUUGACCUUUGUGGAGGCAGAAUGUGCUGAGGGUGGGGGAGCAAGAUCAGAGGAACUGCUCCAUGGUGAUAUUUGCACUUUGGUCUGUGAUGAUCCCAAUAAGAGACCCACCAUUCCAGCGUUGCAAUGCAUCGAUGGCAAUGCGAGCGAUGCUGAGAUGGUUCAGUGUGUUGUCCCUCAGGUGGCAACAGGCCAAGUGGAUGCAACGCCAACCUUGGCCUCGAAUGCCAUAACAGAGGGAGAGCCGCGCCUGGUAUGUGCUGAAGCGCAGUACUUCGUUUGCGAGGCGGCGCCGGGUGCAACAUCCAUCCUGAUUCAAUUGAGGAGGCAAACCAAAGCAAAGUGUGAUCAAAUCUUUGCGGAGUGUCGAAUAUUGAAUUCAGCGUUCACAUUUCAGGAAUACUUGCAGAGUCCUGCUGCGCUCGCGUAUGAAGCAGAUCCGAACAACCGGACAAAGAUGGAUGCUGCAAUGGAAGAUCCUGGAACAUGUACGCUGGGCUGCUUCGUAGAGCUCUUCACUUCAGAGCAGUUGGCGAAUCUGCAGAAUGAGAUUCAGGUGGCAUCGGCGGAAGCCUCUGGAGCGUUCCAGAUGCCGGAAGGGCAGUAUUCAACGACCAACUACUGUGGUGAUAAUCCAGGUCCUGCUUGUGUCCGCGUGCAGGGCUUGUGCGACAUUUCCCAGGAUGGCGACUUCUACAAGCAUCCGGUUUGCGUCUCGGGGCAAGCCCAGUGGUCGAAGAUUGAUGGAUCUAUGCGAAUUCGAUAUGAUGGAGAUGAGAGGAAUGGACAGGCUGGAAAGUGGCUGCUGGAGACGGAUGUCUUAGAUCUGCUCUCCAGUGGCUAUGGGAGCGAAGUUGGCAGACAGCCAACUUUUAAUCCGAUGCCCACUCUUGGUAGCACCAUUUGGAACCUGAAGUGCAGGUACCCGAGCAACAAUGGUCUUGGUACCUACUACAUCCAGUACCGUACCAAAAUUCUGGAGCUCGUUUCCUGCACAUGUGACUCUCUGAUCGACUGCAAUGGCCGUGGCGAAGCAGUUGGGAGUAAAGAGAAUGGUCCAAAUUGUGUGUGCGAAUGCAGUCCAGAUCGUGCUGGGGAUUCCUGUGAGAUCCCCCUUUGCCAGGUGCCAGGCGUGAUGAACUCGCGUCAACCUGCCUGCUUGGAGGGCAAUUGGAUCAUGCCUAACGGCGUGUGCACACCCAGCUGCCAAGAAGGAUACCAGUCAAAUCACCCCAGCUUUACUUGUACGGAGGAUGGUGCGUAUUUGCUCCCGCUGGGCUUCACCUGCGACCCCAUCUGGGUAAACCAAGCUCCCGUGGAUGAGUUUGGCAACACUCCAGAUGCAUAUGAGGAAGCCACCACCACCACACCACUGGAGUGUACAGACUUUGACUGUGUUUUCCAUGGCACAGCCACUGGUAAUCGCCGAGCGGAUGAUAGUUGCGAAUGCAUUUGCGAUGCUGGCUAUACUGGUCCGCAGUGCCGCUCCAUUAUAGGUGAUUGUCUCGCGCCCCUGCACCGGAACAUUCCAAACUCAGCCUUGUCUACUUGUGAAGAGGGCUCUCGACCAACUAUGGUUUGUACUGCUCGCUGUGCUGAGAUGUAUUAUCCUGUGCCUGCCACGCUGGAUUGUCAAGGAACGCAGUUGGUUCCAGACAAGUUCCGCUGCUUUGGUGGUCCUAGCACAGAGAUUCAGUGGUGCGAAAUCACUCAGAUUUUUUCGCUGAUCUUCUCUGGUUUGGCUUUCCUGGGACUGCUGGUGGCUUGCUACACUUUUCAGCGCAACAAGGCGAGAUCCUUCCAAAAUUACCUCCAUCAUGACAAGUUGGUGGAAGGAGUGUCGGACGUACAUGGAAACUACAACGUGGUGAGGAUGACGAAUGGCACAGAAUACCAUUCCAAACUGCCAGACCACAUUCUAGCACACGAUCCUCGAGAACCUCCCAAGGACGAGGCGAGCCAAAGCGACGAGUACGAGAAUGUAUCAACCUUUGCACCAGAGCAGGGUUUGCCGAGCCUUCAAGAUGAUGGCACCUACACUCCUGAUCCACGACCCAGUGUUGGAGGUCUGCCAGGCCAGGUGGAGCAAGAGGUGGCCUUGGCCCUGACGGCCGGCCCUGGCUUGCGCAAGGGGGCUGAAGCCGGGGGACCUUGGUGGGGGGGGGUCAUCGUUCGAAACAUUGUGGGCCGUCCUGAGCUGGAUGGGUCCCACGGCUGGGUGUUGGACUAUAGUCACGAGACUGGUCUUUACGAGUUGGAUCUUGAGGACGUAGAGAUCUUGAAGAUGGUUCCAGAAUCUUCCUUGGAAGAUGUGGAGUUAGCAGCUGAGACUCCAGCCAUCAUGGCAGCUCCAGGUCCACAGGCUUUGGACACCAACUGGUUGGUGAACAUGCGUGACCUGGAGAACAAGGUGGAAGCCAAUCGCCAGGAACGCUACAAGCAGUUUGUGCCCUGGCACUUGCUGCCGUUGGCCAGCGAGCAGGCCCGGGAGGAGACGGAACGAAAUGCCAAGAUCAAGGCAGCGCUCCAAGAAACUGCUCCAAUUCGUGCAGAUUUGGAGGGUCGCCUGCGAAUGGGCUUGAGAACUGGUGAUGCCGAGAUGUUGCGGGAAGCCAUUGCAGAGACCUAUGAGCUGCUGAAGCAGCCGUACUUGGCCAUCGCUCCCCCCGCUUCGUUGAGCUCGUUGAAACGCGUGCUGGAGACCGCAGAGUCUCGUUUAGAGCAGUUUGACACCAUCAAGGAAUCGCGUCAGCGUGCGGAGGACUACGCGGAGCGCGUGCGCACGGGCCGCGCGGCGGAUUGGAAGAUGACCUCGGCGGAGCUGCUGCGCCACGUGGCGGACUGCAACCCAGGAAGGGUGGAAGCAGGCUUAAAAGCACAGCUGCCCGUGUUUUUGCGGACGUCAGAGAUGCGCUUCACCAUUCUUCAUGAUGCCUGCCGUGAUGCAUGCUUAGAUGAACCUGGCAGUGAAAAGGCCCAGAACCGCGUGGAAGUGGUGCGGCUUCUGUGUGAAGCAAGGGCAAACAAGAACGCGGUGGAUAUGAAGGAUCGCACUCCACUGGAUUAUGCCUUGGAGGUCGGUGGCCCCAGCACGCGGCGCCAUCCCAGCGUCAGAGCCUUGCGGAAGCUCGGGCUCCGCACGGCGCUGGAGGCGGCACUCGAGAUGCGCGGGGAAAGCAUCGAGGAGUGGAACGGGGGGAUGGGUGACCCGCAACGGGUGUCGAAAGGUGAUGAAGUGGUGGUGAAUAUCCAUGAAUAUCCAUGA